GCCCAUAGGCUUUGAGCAGAUGAACAGAUCUGCCUGCUCCACUGCCAUGAACACUGACAUUCUGUGCCAGGAUGCUCAGCUUCAGCCAAGCAGCUCGGAGAACACUGCUUAUCAGGAUGCCAGUCAGCUGCCAGAGCCUGAGGAGAAACUCAAUGUGUCACAGGGAGGAGCAGCUAAUGUGUCUCACAUCACCCCUAACAAUUCACUGGGCUUUGUUCAGGCCACACCGUCAAGGGUGCUGCCGUCACCCACUGUCAACACACGGGAAGCACUGGAUGUGAUUAUGGACAUGUUCCAGGCCCCGACUCUCAUAGAGGACCCGUUCCACAACACAUCAGUGCUCCGCACUGUGGAGAAGGAGUGUGAGGGCGGAUACCAGAGAAAUGGCGGCGUCUCCUCAUUCGUUUACCCUCCUACGACUGCCCGUUUCACCAUCUUCCAGGACAACAAUGACAAAGAAAACAGCAGUGGUGCAGCUCCCUCUGCAUGUGACAAGGCUAAACCAAUCAGAGCUCUGGCUCAGAUCCCACUGUCUAAACCAGAGAAACCUAAUGACACUUCUCCGGAUCUGAUGCCAGAUGAGAGCACCAUGUGGGGAGUUCACUACAACUCCUUGGCUGCGUGUCCUAACAGCACCACAGACUUCGCCAUGUUGGCCAAGUUUGUCUCCACUCCAUUUACGCACAAAGCUCCUUUCAACAGCGAUAGCUUUUACAAAGACCAAGAGAACAACUGUGAUGCUGAUGAUGGAGCUUUCAUCAGAGGUCAGAUAAAGAAACUCAGCCCCAUCCUGGAGCAGAGUCCAUCUGAUGAGAAGCUCUCUGAAACGGCCGUCCCUCAGCUCGUUCCUUCCUCCGAGGGACAAGGCACCAUUGUGGGUGAAGGGCUCGCCCCGGCCCAUCAUUGCCUGACCACUUCUUCCAUCACCAUGGUGCAGCCUCCUCCUGCUGUGCUCUCCUUCAGAGACCAGACACACUGUCCAACAGACUCCUCAGUCUCCAGGGCUGCAGGACCAGGCUGGGAGGUGUACAUGAGCCCAGAGCAGCCUCAUCAACCGGUGUCUCAGAUUCCAAAGAAACCUCAGGGUUCAGUCAGACCCAAGGUCUUGGGAGAUCUAGACAAACCUACCAGUCCAGCACAAGCCCAUAAUACAGCCCAUGAUGCUCCCAUGAGCCCAGAGUGCACUCUCAGACCAGACUGGCUGGCACUCAGAAGUCCUGGUGUCAUAGUUGAGUCAGACCUGGAUGCCUUCCUGAGUCCUCAUCGACCUGGUACAGCGGGCACUGUCCUCAGCGGGACCUUGGAUGUGCCCAUGAGUCCUGAGCAACCAGAGCUCUGCACCGAUGUGCCCAUGAGUCCGGUGCAUCCAGCUCAGUUCUGCACUGUGGAUGAACCCAUGAUGAGUCCAGAGCGAGGGCUGAGGCCCAGCACCGCUAUGUCUAUGUACACAGCCAGAACAGGGGCAGUGCAGCUGGUGUCCAAUCCCUGGGACGAUAAACUGAUCUCUGAUCUGCUGUCUACACUCAGCCCACCUCUCAUCUCCCACCCCAACUGCAUCACCUGGCAGCGCAAUGUACCCACCAUCACCCCAAAGAUGACCAUCAGCAUGGGAAAGGCUUCUCUGCAAGUCGACUGCGUCCUUGGUGUGGGCGCUUUUGCAACCGUCUACCAGGCUACUGACCCCAGGACCUCAGAGAGGAUGGUUCUAAAGGUUCAGAAGCCGGCCAAUCCCUGGGAGUUCUACAUCAACACUCAGCUGGAUGCACGGCUGCAACCCGAGCUCCGUCACCUUUACAGCAGCAUCCGCUCCGCUCACCUCUUCCACGAUGGGAGUGUGCUGCUUGGCGAGCUUCACAGCUGUGGCACUCUGCUGGACGCAGUGAACCUCUAUAAACACCCAAGCAACAGCGUGAUGCCUCAGCCUCUGGUCAUGUACUUCACCGUCUGUAUUCUGCACAUGGUGGAGCAGCUGCACAGUGUCCACAUCAUCCACGCUGACAUCAAACCUGACAACGUCCUACUGGGAAAGAGGUUCUUGGAAAACAAGUGCUUUGAUUCGGACAACACAGACCACGGCCUAGUCCUCAUCGACCUUGGUCAGAGCAUCGACAUGGAGCUUUUCCCACAAGGCACUGCUUUCACCGCCAAGUGUUUGACGUCAGGCUUCCAGUGUACAGAGAUGCUCAGUGGGAAACCCUGGAACUAUCAGACGGACUACUUUGGAAUAGCAGCUACUGUCUACUGCAUGCUGUUUGGGACAUACAUGAAAGUCACAAGUGAAGAUGGUGUCUGGAAGACUAAUGCUGUGUUCAGAAGAAACCCCCAUGGCGACCUGUGGCUGGAGCUCUUCCACACGCUGCUGAACGUGCCGGACUGUGGUUCUCUGCCCAGCCUGCGGAGCCUCCGCUCCAAACUGUCAUCCGUCCUGCAGGACAACUACAGCACCAAGCUCUCCCCGCUCAUGAGCCGCCUGGUUGUCCAGCUGCUGAGCAGCCGCAAGGCAGCUCGGAGAUGACAAUGGCGCCAACUGAGAUCCUGCGACAGGUUUCCUGUCCUUCUGCUCACCCUGAACUGUGUCGCUCUCCACUUUUCUUCCUCCUCUUCUUUCUUGUUUUCCUUUUCCCUCCUUUCCAUGAACCAGGAAAAAAAAACCCCACCUCCACCUGCUUUUAAAUUGGACUGAGGCACAGAAAUGGGUUU